AGGAAAAAAACAAAAACACAAAGUGGAGGUGACAUCAAACACUCCAUUCAACAGCAAAGGGCUGGUUUAAGACCUUUGAGAGUGGUAGACAUCUUUGCAGAUUUGGCAGAGUAUUGUCCCCACUCUCACUCUCUCUCUCCCUUUCUCUUACUCUUUCCCCAUUCUAUCUGUUUUUUUUCAGUAUAGGAAAGGUUGAAGCUUGAAGAAGAAAGAGGGCAAUGGGGGCAGGAUCAACGACUUCUUCUAAGCUCAGAAAAGUUGCCAAGAAAACGUUAGUCGCUGCAUGUGGUUCCUUCUCCAGGAAUACCCCUCUUCCUCCCCCACCUAUGUCAGUGUCACCAUUGAAGCCAAAGAGUAAGUUGGAACCGGAAUCAGCUGGAAUUGAAGCAGAAUUCACCACCAACCAUAAGGAUGUUACAUCUAGGAACAUAUGUGCAAUAUGUUUGGAGGCUCUGAGUUACAGUUCUGGCAGCAGCCCAGGGCAGGCUAUAUUUACAGCCCAGUGUUCUCAUGCAUUCCACUUUUCCUGCAUAUCCUCCAACGUUCGCCAUGGUAGCAUCACCUGCCCCAUUUGCCGUGCUCAUUGGACCCAGUUGCCACGCCACGUAAACCCACCUGCAUGCUCACUCUCUUGCAACCAAAAUGACCCUGUUUUUCGUAUCCUGGAUGAUUCCAUUGCCACUUUCCGGGUUCAUAGACGCUCCUUCCUUCGAUCAGCAAGCUAUGAUGAUGAUGACCCUAUUGAGCCUGUUGACACACAAAAUCAUCCCCGUAUUGAUUUAGCUCUGAUCCCCCUCCAACCAACAGUUUUGACUCACCCCUGCUACUUUCGUCAUCAACCCAGUUCACAUUCAUCUUUGCAGAUGCAGGGAAUUGGACACAUCUCAAACCACCAUCAUCAUCACUUCAGCAGCUCUUCCUCGUCAACUUUACAGUUGCAACCACCAAGUGGACAAAUACCUUGCAACAUGUGCUCCUCCCCAAAUUGCAGACCGGCUUAUCUCAGCAUAAAAUUUGCACAUCCACAAGCUAUGGACAUGGUAUUGUUUGCAAGUCCCAAUGGUCCGCACUUGAGGCUUUUAAAACAAUCCAUGGCAUUAGUGGUAUUCUCUCUCCGACCGAUCAAUCGUUUGGCCAUUGUGACAUACUCAUCUGCUUCAGCACGUGUCUUCCCUCUCCGGCGCAUGACAUCCUAUGGAAAGAGAACAGCCUUACAAGUUAUAGAUCGUCUUUUCUACAUGGGUCAAGCUGAUCCGGUUGAAGGGCUCAAGAAAGGUAUAAAGAUACUUGAAGAUCGUGCACAUAAGAAUCCACAGUCGUGCAUCUUGCAUUUGUCUGAUAGUCCAACAAGAUCAUACCACGCCAUGAACCUGCAAUUUCCUAUUCCAAUACAUCGGUUUCAUGUGGGAUUCGGUUUUGGCACCUCUAAUGGUUUUGUGAUGCAUGAAUUUGAAGAGUUUCUAACACAAUUAUUGGGAGGUGUAGUUAGAGAAGUUCAAUUGAGAAUCGGGGAGGAAGGAAGGAUCAUUAGGCUCGGGGAUCUGCGAGGCGGUGAAGAGAGAAGGAUUUUGAUGGACUUGGGCGAGUGCCUACAUGUUUGUGUAGGGUAUAGUUACAUCGAGGGAGGAAGCGACGAAUGUAUCAAAACAGGUGAAACUAUGGUGAGUGUAGAGGAUAAGAGGGAAACAGAUGAUAGCAGCAGAGGCAGUGGUAUCAGCAUUGUCGGGGGAAGGACCAGCAGUGUUGAGAACUGGGAUUACCAUGAUCCUUACAUGGCUAGAAGAUGGGCUAAGCAUUUGCAUGGAUACAGAUUCUGAAUACUAAUCAUGCUGCCAAAAUCCUUUUGUAGAUAUGCUCACGUUUCAUUCAUUUCCGCAUGGAUUUUGGUCAUUCAAUCCAAUGACUUAUCCUCAGCUUCAGAGAUCUUAAAUAUGCAGGCUGUUUUGAAAAUUCUUAGAUUUAUUUACUCAUUGGUUGGGAUCAAGGCUUUGUUAAUUGUCCUGUCGGUUGGGAUUGGAGAAAUCACAUC